UUUGAGUGUUAUGCCUGUGGAAAGGGCUUCAGUCUAAAAGGAAAUCUUAAGAAGCAUAUUGCAGGCAAACAUUUAGAUUUGAAAUUAUUUUGUCCAGUUUGUAACAAAUCAUUUAAUUUUCAUAACUGGAAAAAACAUAUCAAAACACAACAUCUGAAUAUAAGAGUUAAAUGUCAGUUUUGUGGACAACUUUUUACUGAAGAAUAUGUUAAAAAACACAUUAAAAGAGUAUCUUCUAUAGAAGGUUAUUAUUGUAGAUAUUGUGGGAAAUGUUUUCGUGAAAAUGGUAAUAGAUUAAAGCAUAUCAAAACCCAACAUCUUAAUAUCAGGGUUAACUGUCCAUAUUGUAAUAAAAGAUUCACAGAGGAAUAUGUUAAAAAACACAUCAAACGAAUUAUUAAAACUGGUACAUUUGAAUGUGAAUUUUGUGGCAAAGGUUUUACUUUAAAAGGCAAUCUAAAGAAACAUGUAGUAGGCAAACAUUUAAAUGUUAAAUCUCAAUGUUCAAUAUGUUUUAAAAUGUUUGCUUAUCAAGCAAGUCUUAUCCAUCAUAUGAAGCAGGUCCAUCCUAAAGGCACUGAUUUUAGAUUUUGA